AUCCCAGCCCCCCGGAGCCGCCCCCGGUUCCCGUGUCCCCGCCCCGCGCCUGCGCUGCCGCCACUGCGGGGCCGCCUCGCUCCGGUGCGGGGCGGCGGCGGCGAGCAGGAUGCCGGCGCGCCGGGCAGAGACUCUACAAGUGAACGAGAACUUCUUUCUACGGAACUGAGGUGAAGAACUUCACCAUGGGUCAACAAAUUUCAAACCACACACAAACUGUAAUUAGCAAGUUGCCAGAAAAAGUAGCAAAGCAUGCUUCUCUGGUUCAAGAAAGUGGUUUCCUAACGUAUGAAGAGUUUCUGGGAAGAGUAGCUGAACUUAAUGAUAUUACUGCAAAAUUAGCUUCUGGACAAGACAAGCAUCUGUUAUUUGAAGUGCAGCCUGGUUCUGAUUCUUCUGCUUUCUGGAAGGUGAUCGUUCGGAUAAUAUGUACUAAAAUAAAUAAAACGAGUGGCAUCGUGGAAGCUUCCAGAAUCUUGAACUUGUAUCAGUUCAUUCAACUUUACAAAGACAUCACCAGCCAAGCAGCAGGAGUUCUUGCAGAGAGUGGUGCUUCUGAAGAAGCUGCUGAGAGUUUGAUGUCUGUGUCAUCUUGUCAGGCCAGCUUGUGGAUGGGAAGGGUUAAACAGUUGACAGAUGAAGAGGAAUGUUGCAUCUGUAUGGAUGGGCGUGCUGAUUUAAUCUUGCCGUGUGCUCACAGUUUCUGCCAGAAAUGCAUCGAUAAAUGGAGUGACCGUCACAGAAGCUGUCCUGUCUGCCGUCGGCAAGUGACUGGAGCAGGAGAUUCAUGGGUGGUCUCAGAUGCACCCACAGAAGAUGAUAUCGCUACUUAUAUACUUAACAUGGUAGAUGAGGCGGGUCAGCCUCACAGACCCUGACACUGGCCAACAAGCUGGUAAUAGCAGCAGCACUUGAAGCUUUCAUUUUCGUUUACCUCUCCUUGCCGUUCUUCCACAAGUCUUUUUACUCCUCUUCUUGGCUGCUGUGAAUCUAUGCUGCUCUUUUAAAACGCUGGGUAUAUGAUCCCAGUGUAUGUGUGUGCAGUCUUAAUUAUUAAUCUGUACUUUCAGUAGACUCUUAGAUUGCUAAUGACAUUUUUUUAACAACUUUUGAUAUUAAUUAUUUUGUUGACUAGACGAAGCAAUUUAUAACAGCACAACUACUACCACUAACUGCUCUUUGAACAUCACAGUGUACUGCUACAGAAAAUGAACCAUGUCAGAUGACUUGACCUCACAGUUCUUAUCCCUAAAAGCAGUCCAUUUUAGUUUCAUGACAAGUGUGAAUAAAGAUGAAUUAGCACUAGUGAUUAUUAAUUUGAAAUUUUACAGUUGAAGAUAUCCCACUAACUGUUCUUCAGUAGCCAGUUACUGCUGCUUUUAGUGUUUACAAGUACUGAUUUCAGUCUGAUCUGUUACAAGCUUAAUAUUAAUUAUUCUAAAUCUGUUUUGGGGAGAGUAGGCAGCUCUGUAAAUGUACUUGUGCACUUCCCUUUAUUCUUCUAAUACGAUUAUCUCUUAAAUAUUAUAUUUAGCAUAGUUGUAUUAGCUUGGAAACAUUAAGCAGUUUCAUACAGAAUCCUAAAAAGAGUAAAUCAAUUUCUUUAUAGUUUUUUGAUUAAGAGCAGCCAAAAUUAUUUUUAAACAUUAGGCAUAUCUGAAGAAAUGACUAUUUGAAUUAGCAGUUAAGGUGUAGUUUAGUCUGAGACUGUGGUUUUGUCUGCUUCUCUUGAGUUUUUGAAGUGAUGAAAUCAGAGUUAUAAGGUAUAGUAUGAGUUGCAAAAUGAUAAUCUAAGUAAGGGUGCUGUGCUUUAUAUCUACAAGUGCAAUAUGCUUUUAUGUAGCAGAGAGAAACUUCUACUUUACUAAUACUGUUGCUUGCAGUGAGAUGUGCAUGUGACAACUUGGAAAAUCACAACUGGAGUGCAAAUGUGUUUCUGUGUCUAGCUGAGUAAAUUCUUUAAAGAUUCAAAUUUAGACAGUCUAAAAUAAAUUGUUAGUAUUCAGGGAACCCAUUUUAAGCCUCUUUUGCUUAAAUAGUGUUACAGAAAUCACCUGCUAUUGUAGAGAAUUAAUGAUUUUUUUAUAUAUAUUAACAAAUACUAGUCUUAACUUGGGGCUAUUGAGUGAGAAAUAUUCAAGUGUAGCAUUUGAGGGAAUAUCAGCAUAAAUCUUGCUUACUAUAAGACUGUGUUUUUAAUUACCGCACUUGUUAAAAUUCAGUGACGCCAUAAAGUUAGGUAAGGCCUUUUAUCACAGACAGGUUCUGAAUUAAAAGGCGUAUGCACAUGUAGAUAGGUACAUUUUGGGUUAUUUUUCUUAAUUGGCUACAAAAUAAUUUAAUUACAUUGAAGAACUACAAAAUAAUUUAAUUACAUCUUGGGAAUUUAUUGUACUUCUGUUUGUUAAGGAACGUGCAUAGUGUGUGGCACCUAUUUAAGCUUGGCUUAUGGCACAGUUGCCAAAUUUAUCAUAGACAUUAAGAUAGAUAAGCAACAUAUUCUUGUGUGCAUCAUCUAAAAGCCAUUAUGGCUUACUGUGUAAAUCUGUAUUUAACUAUUGAAAAAUCCAUUUAUGAAUGUAUAUAUCUUAAAACUUUUUUUUUCCUUUGUUAAUCCUUUGAUAUCAAUGAGGUGUUCUUCAGAAGAUGUGUGGACUGUUUGUUUGCAUAAAGGCAGUUAUUACCGAGGCUGGAAAUUGUAAAUGGUCAGGGCUUUUCCACUAAAGUAUUUGCAAAUAUUCCUAAUCACACACUGGUUUGGCUUCAUUUUGCUUUAUGAGCUUGCAUUAAUCCAUGUUCAGAACUUUAAAAUAACCUUUGGAUUUUUUAAACUUUUUAUAUCACUGGAACACAAAGAGCAUCUAAAUUAAAGCUUCAAGCUAACUUUAUUUUUCAAGUAUUUCAGGAAUUAUACUUCUGAACAGAGAUUUUAUAAGUUGACUUUCUGCUGAGAACUUAAACUUCUUAAAAUGUAAUUUUGUAAUGAUGCAAACAGGUUGUUAAUUGCAGCGUAAUGGUACUUGCAAUAUAAACUAAUGCAAAAAUUAUUUAAAUAGUGAAAAAACUUUGUAUUCUGUACAGCUUUUUUAAUUAAGUUGCUGUGAUUCACACUGCUGUGAUGUAGGUACUGUAAUGUGUGCCUUGUAAAAUAUAUGUACUGUAUGUUACAUGGGAUAGUUAACACUAAAAAACUAAUGAUUUUAUACUGGUUGGUGUUACCUAGUCUGACGUGCUACAUUUAGCAAGGAAUUUUGGAAAAGGGAAAGGGAUCCCAUUGGCAGGGACAUGGCAGUGGGUUCCAGAAGGUGGAACUUGAAAAUGUGAAUUACAACAAAUAGCUGUUGGUGGGGGCAUUAGAACAAACUAAAAUUUCUUGUGUUAAGUCAAGAUUUCUUACAGGUCUACUGUGAAAUUGUAAUUUAAACAUUAUAGAGUGUAUUAAUAGCUAGGGACAUUCGAGUAUAUUAAACUUUGUGUAUGAAUUGUGCAAUAAAGUUACUUUGGAAGAAAUGUCAAAGUU